UUGAGUGUAAGGGGGCACUCUGACAGGAAUACUUGAUGUAAGGUGGCACUGUGAUGGGGAUACCUGAUGUAAAGGGGCACUCUGAUGGGGACAAUUGAUGUAUAGGGGCACUCUGAUGGGCACACCUGAUGUAAUGGGAAUACAUGAUGUAAAGUUGCACUCUGAUGGUAAACAAAUAAGUAGUACUAGGGUGUACACUUCCAUUCUUAUAGCGCAGGAGGAACUCUAACCAUUUGCACUCUGAUGGCGACACCUAACGUAAGGGAGCACAUUGAUGGUCACACCCUAU